AUCAGUAAACAUAACUCUGUUAUGUUAUUUUUCCAACUCUUUUCCUGAACAAAGCAUGUUACAUAUGGAGGAUUCUGCAGAGUCUAAGUGGACACUGAGGUCAGAUGCAAGCUCAGAGCCUUUACUCUAUUGUUGCUCAGCCUAUGAUUGCAGUGAGGAUCCUUUUCAUGGAAAAGUGUUAAGGAACAGAACUAAAGCCAGGAGUAUGUCUAUGCCAUCAGAACCUAGCUCUGCCAAGUUCAGGAGGACACAGUCACUUCACGGACCAAGCCCUGUCACCACAUUUGGACCCAAAGCCUGCAUUCUGAAGAAUCUUAAAGCUGUCAUGCAUAUUCAAGAUCCAGCCAGUCAGAGAUUCACAUGGAACAAGCCACCCAAAAGUGUCCUUAUAAUAAAGAAAAUCAGAGACAUCAGUCUGCUACAGCCUUUCAAAGAACUCUGCAUUUUUCUAACACAGCAGAAAAAUAUGAUUGUCUAUGUGGAGAAGACAGUCAUUGAAGAUCCAGCCAUUACUAGAGACAGCUUUGUCUCCAUCAAAAACAACAUUUGCACUUUUAGAGAAGAUUAUGAUGAUAUUUCCAAUUGUGUCGACUUCAUAAUUUGUUUGGGAGGAGAUGGGACUUUGCUGUAUGCUUCUUCUCUCUUCCAGGAGAGUGUGCCUCCUGUCAUGGCCUUCCAUUUGGGUUCUCUGGGCUUUCUUACACCAUUUAACUUCGACACAUUCCAAUCUCAGGUCACCCAGGUUAUAGAAGGAAAUGCCGCGAUCAUUCUACGCAGUCGUCUAGAAGUGAAGGUAGUUAAAGAAUAUAGAAAGAAGGGAUCUGUGGAGGAAAUGAGUUUAGUCACUAAUGGGAACAAAACUAUACAGUAUCAAGUGCUGAAUGAAGUCGUUGUAGACAGAGGUCCAUCUUCCUACCUCUCUAAUGUGGACUUGUUUCUGGAUGGUCACCUGAUCACCACUGUUCAGGGAGAUGGUGUGGUAGUGUCAACUCCUACAGGAAGUACUGCAUAUGCAGUAGCAGCAGGUGCAUCUAUGAUCCACCCAAAUGUUCCAGCCAUCAUGAUCACACCCAUCUGUCCACACUCCCUCUCCUUCAGACCCAUCGUAGUGCCUGCUGAUGUUGAGCUCAAGAUUAUGCUGUCCCGUGAUGCCAGAAACACGGCCUGGGUGUCUCUUGAUGGCAGGAAAUGGCAGGAAAUUGCCUAUGGGGACAGUAUUAUCAUCACAACGUCAUGCUUUCCUGUUCCUUCCAUCUGUUUUCGUGAUCCCGUGAAUGACUGGUUCGAGAGCCUGGCCCAAUGUUUACACUGGAAUGUUCGUCAGAAGCAGAGUCAUCUGAGUUCUGAAGAGGAAGAGUUCUGACCACAUUCCAAGCUUUUAUAGCACUGUUACUUAGAUGUGUUCUUUUUUUUUCUUUUUUUUCUUUUUUUAAGUUUUAGUACAUUCUCUCAUGUCUCAUUGCAGCUAAAGAGGAAAAAAUACACAAUUAUAUUUUGCUUUUAAAAAGUAUUUUAUUUAUUUUUUUUUUUUUCUUGUGACUUUUGUGUUCCAAAAAAACACUGUGUGUAUGUAUGUGUUUUUAAACUCUCAUUAGAAAUAAUUAAUUUUUUAAUUUUAUGCAUUAUGGCAAUAAGAAUUCUGUGGAAAUCUUAAUUUUUUUCUUUAAAGGUCCCGUUUUUCGUUCUUUUUUGAAGCUUUGAUUGUGUUUACAGUGUGCAAUAUAACGUGUUCAUGUUUCGCGUGUAAAAAAAACAGUAUUUUUCACACAAUCUGUUUUCACUGUCAUAAAAAUGGGCUGAUGACUUCCUUGUUCUAUAAAGUCCCUUCUUCAGAAAUACGUAGCGAGUUGUGAUUAGAUACCAGCUUAGAGCAUGCUGCCCUCCUGGAAACGCAAUUGGGCUAGUUUUGAGAAGCAAGUGGUUAGGAUUUGUUUUGAAAACCUGACAAUCCUGAUCUGAACCAUAGACAGUAAAAGAACGCACAUGCUGCAGAUGUACUUAUAAUCACAGGAGCGUUUUUACUAAUGAGAUGUGCAUGAAAAUCGCAUUAGAUUUUUUUUCAAAGUCCUAACAUCUAGUUAACAAAGCUAUACAGAGUUGCCCUUUGUGUAAUUAGUUACAGAAACUGUUAAACGCACCAGCUUAAAUAAUAAAAUACACUUACCGGUUGUGGACAAUAAACAACGCCAUCUCCAGACAAAGAUGGAACUGCUCCAUCUUUCAAGAAUAAUCUUUGUGCGAAUCCAGCAUUAAACUGAUUGAGAUUGAGCAAGCUGUCCUCAGCAAAAUGUGCUGCAUGUAGUUUUACAUGUGGAUUAUAAUUUUCGGGAACUGAGUUAAACAAAAAUUGUAACCAUUAAUCUCCAAGUACAGCGUCCCUGGGAAGCCCAAACAAAGAUGAUUGGACUCUGAGAUUAAAAUAACAGUGUUUCAACGACAUGGCGACAAACACAAACGCAACUCUUCCUCUUCUCUGUCGGAGCGCAACAAGACCACGUCCCUUUUUUGUGUAUUCAUGUGGGCGGAGGUUAGUCAAAAAAACUGUUUUAGUGACGUCAUUACUGCAGGAACUAGAGGGAUGUAGUCCAAACGGGUCAUUUUUUGUAGGCAAAUUCUGUUAAAUAAAAUAUCUUGCUUGGAAUUGAAUUUU